GCACUCAUACAAUUAUUACCAAAAACUGGGAUUCCAACGCCGGAAAACUGUGAAGACGCCGCUUCCUCUCUCGGUCGAGCCAUCGAAGAAGCGGGGCUGCCGAGCCCUACUCUCCGAUCGUCUCAGCUUCUAUUCCUCUUACUCCACUCCAGCUGCUGGGCAAUGGGCGCAUUAAGAUUUUUGAUCUCAGAUCGAGGGUUUCUAUUCAAGUUCCAAUCUUUAUAUCCUUUUUGACGAGAAGAAGUCAAUUGGAUUCGGAGAGAGGAGAAUAGCUGUUCGCAGAGAGCUCUGAGCUUUUUGCCAUGGCUGUUGCCCAAGGCAACAGCACCGACCCACCCUACAACUCCUAUAAGGUCCCUGGCCUCGUUGAUCCAAUCCUUGAAACCCCUCAAAUCUCCUACCUCGAAGACAGAUACGUUUUAGGGGAGGAAUUGGGCUGGGGCCAGUUUGGGGUAAUCCGAGCAUGCUCCGACAUGCUCACGGGGCGGACCCUCGCCUGCAAGUCCAUUGCCAAGGGCCGCCUCCUCUCCUCGGAUGACCUCCGCAGCGUCAAACUUGAGAUCGAGGUCAUGGCUCGGCUCUCUGGCCACCCUAAUGUCGUGGCCCUGAAGGCUGUGUAUGAGGAGGAAGACUGUGUCCACCUUGUCAUGGAGCUGUGUGCCGGUGGGGAGCUCUUCGACCGCCUCAAGAAGCAUGGCUGCUUCUCAGAGCAUGAGGCAGCCAUCCUGUUCCGGCAUCUCAUGGAGGUGGUGAUGUAUUGCCAUGGCAAGGGCAUAGUCCACAGGGACCUCAAGCCGGAGAACAUUCUGCUGGCCACCAAGUCGUCGACUUCGCCGAUCAAGCUGGCGGAUUUUGGGCUCGCCGCCUAUAUCAAACCAGGGCAAAGCUUAUAUGGCACUGUUGGAAGCCCCUUUUACAUAGCCCCGGAAGUACUGGCAGGGGGUUACAAUGAGGCGGCCGAUGUAUGGAGUGCAGGGGUUAUUCUUUACAUUCUUCUCAGUGGAAUGCCACCUUUUUGGGGAAAGACAAAGUCGAGAAUUUUUGAGUCUGUUAGAUCUGCUGAGCUAUGGUUCCCAUCUGAUCCAUGGGGUGGUGUAUCUCAAUCUGCGAAGGAUUUGAUAGCUGGAAUGCUAUGCAGGGACCCUGCUCAAAGGCUUACAGCCAAGCAGGUUCUAGAUCAUGCCUGGAUUAAAGACCAUGCACAGGAACCAAAUGUCUCCUGUGGUAACUGCAAUGAAACUAAUUCGGGACAAGGAGACAUGCGAAAUUGUUCUUUCUGUACCGCACUUGUCCCUGCAACUCGCGAUAUCAGUUUUAGUUCCCCUUCGCCUAUCCCCUGUCGAACCCAGGCAGAUCAUUCUUCCCCUGCAUUCUCCUGCAGAUCAUCAUUCUCUCCUUUUAUGGUGGAUGCCACUCCUUGCUCCCCUCCUGUCGGUUGGUCUUUCCGCAGCAGCUUUGAGUCAAGCAGUCUCGAAUUCUCAACGCCAAUUCCAUCGAUGCCUAGUUUUUCUUUCUUCAGUCCUCUGAAUGAGCAAGAAAACCUUUUGGGUUUCACGGCCGACAGAUCAAAUGUCAACACAAUUCAGAGAGACUCCAGCUUUGGAAAGUUCUUUAUGUCUCCUGAUCCUACUGCUUGCUUUAGCCAUGAUGUUAGAGAAUCUGAACCCAAGGGGGUUAGAAAGGUCAUUACAACUUGGUCUAGAGCCACUGGUAUCCACCACAGACGGAACCACACUAUCGGACUUGGGGAGCAUGAGCAGCUCGAUCUCAUGGUUUCAGAGUCGAUCAUACGCUGGGCCUCAUGCACACAACUCUCAAGCACACCAUCUCUUAGAUCGUCACUCGUUUGUUGAGAUCGUGUGUCCUUUAUCAAUGUAUGACUUGGGGACUUUACUGAUUGGGGAGUGUAACUUGAUCAUGUGAAUGAACUCUGUAACGCAUUUUGGCUAAUUCUUGAUGAUGUUAUUGAAAAUGUUGAGGGAAGGAAGCUCCAAAUGUGGUGGUAUAUAUUCUUUACUUCUGAGAA